AUGGCGGGCGGUGCCGGCCGGGAGGGGCUCGGGGCCGGGGGGCGAGACCCGGACCCGGUGUGGGCUCUGGCGCCGACCCCAGCACCGACCCCGGCCUCGACACCCUCUUUAUCUCUGGCCUCAGAGUCUCUCCAACCCCUGCAGGACCUGACCGGCGAUGGAGGGGUGCGCAAGGAGCAGCUGCGCCCCGGCACCGGGCAGCCUGUGCCCCCAUCCGCCUCCGUGGCAGUGAGGUACUCUGGGUACCUAGGAAAUUGGAAUAAGCUCUUCUGUUCAAAUGGGAACAGCAAGUAUCCGAGGCUGAUGAAACUUGGAAAAGACAUCACCCUGUGGGGGCUGGAGAUCGGGCUGCUGUCCAUGACCAAAGGAGAGGCUGCGCUCUUCGUCCUCACUCCGGAAUACGCCUAUGGCCAGCGGGGCUGUCCUCCCUCCAUCCCCCCAAACACCACGGUCCUCUUCAAGGUGGAGGUGUUGGACUUCAUAGACUCAGAGGAGUGCGACACCUUCUUUGAGUUGACUUGCGAACAGCGGGAUAGACUUCCUCUGGAAAAGGUGUUGAAAGUGGCAGCCACAGAAAGAGAGUUUGGCAACUACUUCUUCUAUAAGCAGUGCUUCAAGAUUGCCAAGGACAGAUACAAGAGGGCACUCUCCAUCCUGGGUCGCAGCUCUUCCGGUAAGGCAGAGCAGAGCCAGAUCAACGCUUCCAAACUGCUGCUGUUCCUGAAUCUCUCACUCACUUACCUGAAACUGGAACGUGCUGACCGAGCUCUGAAAUACGGGGAGUUGGCCUUGGAGAUGGACCAAGGAAAUGCCAAAGCGCUCUUCAGGUGUGGCCAGGCUUGUCUCUACAUGAGGGAGUACAGCAAAUCCCGGGAUUACCUGGCCAGAGCUCAGUGCAUCCAACCCUUCAACCGUGAUAUCAACAAUGAGCUGAAGAAGUUAGCAAGAUACUACAAGGAGUAUAUGAAAGUGGAGAAAGAAAUGUGCCGCCAGAUGUUUGACCCUCUCAAUUCUUAUGGCUGAGAAGAAAUCAAGGACUGUUGCAGCUGUCCGCCUUUUGGCACAUGGAGAUCUCAGCAUCACAUACAAGUUUUGGGAAAAGGGGCAGGAGCACUGCAUUACU